AUGUCGGUGAAUUAUGCGGCGGGGCUGUCGCCGUACGCGGACAAGGGCAAGUGCGGCCUCCCAGAGAUCUUUGACCCCCCUGAGGAGCUGGAGCAAAAGGUGUGGGCACUGGCAAAGCUGGUCUGGGAGUCCUCCAACAUUGUCUUCCACACGGGCGCUGGCAUCAGCACCUCCUCGGGCAUCCCUGACUUCAGGGACAAGCUGGCAGAGCUUCACGGGAACAUGUUUAUAGAAGAAUGUGUCAAGUGUAAGACGCAGUACGUCCGGGACACAGUGGUAGGCACCAUGGGCCUCAAGGCCACCGGCCGGCUCUGCACCGUGGCCAAGGCCAGGGGACUGCGGGCCUGCAGGGGGGCGCUGCGAGACACUAUCCUGGACUGGGAGGAUGCCCUGCCUGACCGAGACCUCACCCUUGCUGACGAGGCCAGCAGGAACGCCGACUUGUCCAUCACCUUGGGCACCUCGCUGCAAAUCCGGCCCAGCGGGAACCUACCGCUGGCCACCAAGCGCCGGGGCGGCAGGCUGGUCAUCGUCAACCUCCAGCCCACCAAGCACGACCGCCAUGCCGACUUGCGCAUCCACGGCUACGUGGAUGACGUCAUGACGCAGCUCAUGAAGCACCUGGGGCUGGAGAUCCCCACCUGGGACGGACCCUGCAUGCUGGAGAGGGCGCUGCCACCUCUACCGCGCCCAGCCGCCCCCAAGCUCGAGCCCAAGGAGGAGGCCCCCACCCGGCUCUACGCCCCAGCGUCCCCCAGCCCCAAGCAGGAGCCCUCCUCCCAGCACAACGGCUCCGGGCCCACCGGCCUCAAGCGGCAUCAACUGGACACGCCCGCUCUCUGCAGGCCCCCCAAAAGGGUGAAGGCCGAGGAGGUCCCCAGCUGA